UCAAACCAUCCUCUCUUUGGAAGUCUUUCUGAGCAAUUCUCCAUAGUCGUUUGACCUUGUGACGCACUGACGUGGUAACCAAGUGUAACCCGCGCAAGGCGCGGUAUGGGUGCAGUGGACCUGCCCCCGAAGCUCGUCAGCUAGCAUGGACAACGGCAGUUAAGCGGCUGCACAGAGCAGCUGUUAAACUCACUGAGACCCCGGGAGUGGAGAGCAGCGAUAACCAACCACCGAGCUGAGUCCAAAUGAUGAUGAAAGUUUUAUUCUUGUUCGUUACUGUUCAGAUAUUCUGUGUUUGCGCAUCCGAGCCGUUUUCUGUGAGUCCGGCUGCAGCAACUGCAGAUGUAGGUCAGACAGUUAAACUGUCCUGUGAAUUUAAGAACAAACUAGAGUUCGGGAGACGUAUUUUCUGGUACAGACACCGUGCUGAUGAACCCCCGGUAGCGAUCAGAACCACCGACUGCCAAAAGACCGGUUGUAGGGCUACUUACAAAAAAGGCUCUGGUGAUCGCACAUCAGUGCUGGAAAUCCGGAACGUAAGUGUGGAGGAUUCGGGUUUCUACUACUGUGCUGAGAUAAGAAGCUAUCCACCGCUUGUGAAAGGACCUAGACUCAUUGUUGGAGACAGCUCCACCAGUCGGACCUACAUGCAGCUCUUUGUCCCGACGUCAGAGGUGAACGGAUCCGUUCCCUUGGUGUGUCUGGUGGGCGGCCUGUCUUCCAAGCAGAUUGUCAUUUACUGGAACAUAUCCAGACAGAUCACGGAAGGAUGGAGCGAUGCCGGCACGCGUGACCCUGACGGGAGCUACAGUGUUAGAAGUCAGGUACUGGUCUCAGUGAAAACAUGGAUAAACGGAGGAGUCAGCAGCUGUAUCGCACAAUUCGAGGGUGGGGGAAAGACGAGGACUAUGAGUUUCUCCCAUCCCAACAUUGAACCAGAUCAAGAUUGGUGUCUUCUCAGAACAAUCCUACUUGAGGUGCUGUUAUUUCUGGUUAUCGUCAUUUCUUUUUGGAUCUCUAAAGAGCGUAGACCAGGUAGUGGUUUCAAGUAUGCACAGUGUUUUCUAAGGGACACAUCGUCAAUCGGCGACGCGCCAGGGACACGGCAGUGCGGCUCAGAUGAGAAUCUAAUUGGUUUCUACUUCGGUGGAUUACGGAGAUAUGGUCUGAACCUGGGGUCACAAUAAAACCUUCUGAACGAAUCAAUAUCUGACGCUCCGGGCUCGUUUAUUAUGUCAAAAAAGAGGUGGAUGAGCAUGGUGGUUCGCGAUUCGGACACGUUCUAAGCCUUAAGUGAAGUACAGAGGCUUCAUGCAUAGUUUGUAUUCAUUCUACUCUCGAAGUUUCCCUCGGAGUUAUCAUUUGAUUAUUUUCCUUUCCAUAAAUUAUAUACAUUGUAAUAUGAUUAAAAAGAUCUGCUUUGAAUUAAGUAAUGACCAUUUUCGUGUUUUUCCACUUGUGGUUACAACUUGUGCUGCAGCUCAAACACUUA